AGAGAGGGGCGGCCGGGCUUCCUGGACCCGGACGGCCCCCGGCUGGGCUGGAGGCUGGGGCCAGGGGCCGGCCAUGUCCGCUCGCGCCCCGUUGCCCGCCGCUGCCCCCCGGGAGGACCCGCCCGCCGUGGCCGGAGACCGGGACGCGCUGUUGGCAGCAGCGAGCCGGCGGGCGGAGCAGCCGGCGCCCGGCGAGCGGGAGGGCAAGGAGGCGAGGGAGGAGCGGGCCGCGGCCGCCACCAGCGCGGGGGCGCGGGGAGAGCCGUCGCCGGCGCUCGUGCUGGGACACAGCGUGCCGCAAGCGGCCGUGCCCGUGAGGCCGCUGGCGCUGCACCUGGCGCACAAGGCGCGUGCGCCCGGGGGUCCCUUCGGCGGGGAGGCCCCGCCGCUGCCUCCGCCGCCGCCGCCGCCACCACCGCCGCCGCCGCCGCCGGUACCGCGGAACCCACCGGAGGACGCCCGCGAGGACCCAGCGGCAGCCGGCCCCGAGGACAAGCCGCCGCCGCCGCCGCCAAAGGGGAACCCGUGGACCAAGAAGCUGCCGCAGCACCUGUCCCCCGUGGGCACCGGGGUGCCGCCGCCCGCUCAGGACUCCCCGGAGGCCGAGCUCAGUUCCCUCAAAAUUAUAAAAGCGGGAAAACUCAAGACAAAGAAAUCCAACAAGGCUAGUGACUUCAGUGAUAUGGCAAACUGGCCAACACCAGGUGAAUUGGUUAACACUGGGUCUCAGAGUGUUAUCAGCCAAGGAAAUAAAAAGCCACAAAUUAGAAAAGAAAAAGAAGAGAAGAUUGAAAAAAGAAGCAACAGUGAGAGCAAAGAGAACCGGGAAGCAAAACUAGAUGUUCCUAUAGAGAACGUCAGUGAGGAUGAGGCUCAAUCAAGCAGCCAGCGGAAGAGAGCUAAUAAGCACAAAUGGGUGCCACUCCACUUAGAUGAUGUGAGACCAGACAGCCAGGAAAGACCUGGGUCCCGGAACAGCUCUAGAUGUCAACCUGAAGCAAAUAAACCAGCACACAGUAAUAGAAAAAGUGAUACACGAAGUUGGAGACGGGAAAGAGAAAAGAGAGAUGAUCAAGAUGAAGUAUCCAGUGUGAGAAGUGAAGGUGGUACCAUCCGAGGUUCCACUAGAGGCCGGGGAAGAGGCCGGGGCCGAGGAAGAGGCCGAGGUCGAGGAAACCCUAGAUUGAACUUUGAUUAUUCAUAUGGUUAUCGAGAGCCAGGGGAAAGGACUGAGCAGCCAUUUCCUACAGAGCUUAACACCAGCAUGAUGUAUUACUAUGAUGAUGGCACAGGUGUACAGGUGUAUCCUGUGGAAGAAACACUGCUUAAAGAGUACAUUAAGCGCCAGAUUGAGUAUUACUUCAGCAUAGAGAACUUGGAACGGGAUUUCUUUCUUCGAAGAAAGAUGGAUGAACAGGGAUUCCUGCCCAUUUCCCUGAUUGCUGGUUUUCACCGUGUGCAGGCUCUCACCACAAACCUUAAUCUCAUCUUGGAGGCACUUAAAGAUAGCACAGAAGUAGAAAUUGUGGAUGAGAAAAUGAGGAAAAAGAUAGAACCGGAAAAAUGGCCAAUUCCAGGUCCUCCUCCACGAAAUGUGCCACAAACAGACUUCUCUCAGUUGAUUGAUUGUCCAGAGUUCAUACCUGGCCAGGCCUUUGGCUCCCAUACAGAUUGUACCCCAGACUCUCCAAGAAUUGGAAGUCCUCUGACCUUAAAGAAAAAUACCGAAACAAAUACCCUCCAAGUGAUCAGAGGUUUGUCUACCAGCUUACCUGACCUGGACUCAGAACUGCAUUCCCAGUGACAUUAAAUAGUCCACGAAAGAGGAAGACGAGUCACAGCACAAACCCCCCUCUAGAGUAUCACGUUG